UGAGCAGUCACACGGCCCCGCCCCCCGCCUCCCACCUCUGUCACGCCAGUUCUGGCUCCAAUUUGCCUCUACUGCCUCUGCAAGCGCAGGCAAGAUGGCAGCUUCCAUUUCGGCCAUAUUUUGGCUUUAAAACGCCUUAAUGAGAGUAAAUGGGGACCGUCCAGACCAUACUUUUAUACAGUCUAUAAUCACAACCCAAACUCCACAACGCGCCAAGCAGCACAUUUUUAGUUGCUGCGGAAGCACAGCUCAUUUAGGCUCAGCUCAGCUCACCUCAGGACUUGUUGUGCUACUAAGAUAUAAGGCAGUGUGAGGUUGGUGGAUGGUGGCAGUCGCUGUGCUGGGAGAGUGGAGGUUCUUCAUAGAGGGCAGUGGGGAACAGUGUGUGGUGAUGACUGGGAUAUGAGUGAUGCUGCAGUGGUGUGUAGAGAGCUGGGCUGUGGAGAAGCUGUAGAUGCACUGGGCAAAUCUCAUUUUGGAUCAGGAUCAGGACCAAUCUGGAUGGAUGAUGUGGACUGUAGUGGAUCAGAGUCUAGACUGAAGAACUGUAGAUCACCAGUAUGGGGUAAACAUGACUGCAAUGAAACCCACAAUUCUGGAGUCAUCUGUUCAGGAGCCAGGCUGGUUUUAGGUUCUCGCUGCUCUGGGAGAGUGGAGGUUCUUCAUGGAGAGAGCUGGGUCACAGUGUGUGAUGCUGACUUUAACCAGCAGGAUGCAGAGGUUGUGUGUCGAGAGCUGGGCUGUGGUUCUCCUGUGAAGGUUCUGGGAGCAGCUGCUUUUGGUAGAGGGGAGGGUCAGGUGUGGUCAGAGGAGCUUCAGUGUAGAGGAGAUGAAUCUGAGAUUACUCUCUGUCCAAUAACCUCUUCACACAAAUACAACUGCUCUCAUGGUAAUGAUGUGGGACUUGUAUGUUCUGGUCAUACUCAGGCUCGGCUGAUGAACGGCUCAGACUCUUGUUCUGGUCGAGUGGAGCUCCAGUACCUCAGUGAGUGGGGUACAGUGUGUGAUGUAAGCUGGGAUAUGAGAGCUUCCAGUGUCCUCUGUGCUCAGCUGAAGUGUGGGAGUGCUGUGGCUGUGUUGGGGUCAGACUGGUUUGGGGAGGGGAGUGGCCGGAUCUGGGCGGAUGUGUUUGAUUGUCAGGGGAACGAAACACACCUGUUAAAGUGUCCCAUUUCAUCAUGGAGUCGAACUGCAUGCUCUCAUAAACAGGAUGUUGGACUCAUCUGCAGUGGUUCUUCUCUGGCGUCUCAUGAGGGUGUAGUGAGAUUGACUGGAGGGAUGGAGUGUGAGGGCGAGGUAGAGGUUUUCUUCAGGCAGGACUGGAGGAGAGUUCUGCUGGACUCCUGGAGUGAGUCUGAGGCCUCUGUGGUCUGCAGACAGCUGGGCUGUGGUUCUGUACUCAACACCUCCAGCUCCUCUUCAUCCAGUCCUGAACACAGCUACAUGUGUGUGACGGGUUUCAACUGCUCUGGGAGUGAAGCUCAUCUGAGGAACUGCAGCAGCUCACAAGCAGUUAACUGCAGCUCCACGGAACAGCUCUACAUCACCUGCUCUGGCUACAGCUUCAUCAGGCUGGUUGGUUCUGGGGGAGACUGUGCAGGAAGGCUGGAGGUUUUCCACAGUGGAUCAUGGGGGACAGUGAGUGAUGAAUUGUGGGAUAUUGAGGAUGCGCAGGUGGUCUGCAGACAGCUGCAGUGUGGAGUCGCCCUCAGUGCUCCAGUACCAGUACCAGCCCGGUUUGGAUCUGGAACUGGACCCAUAUGGCUGAAUGAGGUGGAGUGUGAGGGGAACGAGGCGUCUCUGUGGAACUGCAGAUAUCAGCUGUGUGGAGAGGAUGAAUGUGGACACAAGGAUGAUGUAGGAGUCGUCUGCUCAGAGUAUAAAUAGAUCAGACUGACUGAGGGCUGUGAGGGGAAUCUGGAGGUGUUCUAUAAUGGAACCUGGGGGAAUGUGUGUAACAAU